AGAACCCCGCGCACGCGCAGUGACAGUCCAGCGCCGGUGAAGCGUCGGAAGCCUCUUCACCCCGCCGGGCUUCUCAUCCGGUCCUCCGGGGACCGCACGGCCUCGUCACUCCCGCCUCGUCACCCACGCAGGCUUUCCCCCGCCCUCCCCGGCCGGGGCCGGUCACGACUGCGCGCGCCGAGCCUGAGUGGGCGCUGGAGGGAAGGGGAAGCGGCGGUGUAGUAACAGAUUAUGGGCAAUAGUCCUUUUAAUUAAUCUAUCAUCAUCAUGGCUAAUGAAGGCUAUCCUAAGGCUACCGAUAGUCCUUUUUCAUCAGAUAAACAUGCCCAACUCAUCUUGGCCCAAAUCAAUAAGAUGAGAAGUGGACAGCAUUUCUGUGAUGUGCAGCUGCAAGUUGGAAAGGAAACUUUUAAAGCUCAUCGGCUCGUUUUGGCUGCCAGCAGUCCUUACUUUGCAGCUUUGUUCACUGGAGGAAUGAAAGAGUCUUCAAAAGAUGUUGUACCGAUUCUAGGAAUCGAAGCUGCAAUUUUUCAGAUACUUCUAGAUUUCAUUUACACAGGGAUAGUGAACAUAGGUGUGAAUAAUGUCCAGGAGUUGAUUGUUGCAGCAGACAUGCUACAGUUGACUGAAGUUGUUCAUCUUUGCUGUGAAUUUCUGAAAGGACAAAUUGAUCCGCUGAACUGCAUUGGGAUCUUUCAGUUCUCUGAGCAGAUUGCCUGCCAUGAUCUAUUGGAAUUCUCAGAAAACUACAUUCACGUCCAUUUCUUAGAGGUUCAUAGUGGGGAAGAGUUCCUGGCACUUACAAAAGAUCAGCUGAUCAAAAUUUUGCGAAGUGAAGAGCUUAGCAUUGAGGAUGAAUACCAGGUCUUCUUAGCUGCAAUGCAAUGGAUUCUGAAAGAUUUGGGAAAAAGAAGAAAACAUGUGGUGGAAGUGCUAGACCCAAUUCGAUUCCCUUUAUUACCUCCUCAGAGGCUUUUAAAGUAUAUAGAAGGAGUAUCUGAUUUUAAUCUUCGUGUUGCAUUGCAAACACUUUUGAAAGAGUACUGUGAAGUAUGCAAAUCUCCCAAAGAGAAUAAGUUUUGUAGUUUUCUGCAGACAUCUAAGGUUCGACCUCGGAAGAAAGCAAGAAAGUACCUGUAUGCAGUAGGUGGAUAUACUCGGUUACAGGGGGGUCGUUGGAGUGACAGCAGAGCCCUCAGCUGUGUAGAACGUUUUGACACCUUUAGCCAAUACUGGACUACUGUGUCUUCACUUCAUCAGGCUCGAAGUGGGCUGGGAGUAACAGUUCUGGGAGGGAUGGUCUACGCUAUUGGAGGUGAAAAGGAUUCGAUGAUUUUUGAUUGUACUGAAUGCUAUGAUCCAGUUACUAAACAGUGGACAACUGUAGCUUCAAUGAAUCAUCCCCGCUGUGGUUUAGGAGUGUGUGUGUGUUAUGGAGCUAUCUAUGCUUUGGGUGGAUGGGUUGGAGCUGAGAUAGGGAACACAAUUGAACGAUUUGAUCCUGAUGAAAAUAAAUGGGAAGUAGUGGGCAACAUGGCUGUGUCACGCUACUACUUUGGGUGCUGUGAAAUGGAAGGUUUAAUUUAUGUAAUUGGGGGCAUCAGCAAUGAAGGACUAGAACUUCGUUCUUUUGAAGUCUAUGAUCCACUUUCUAAGCGUUGGUCUCCACUUCCUCCAAUGGGAACCAGGAGAGCAUAUCUUGGCGUGGCUGCACUCAAUGACUGCAUCUAUUCUAUUGGAGGAUGGAAUGAGACCCAUGAUGCUCUUCAUACUGUAGAAAAAUAUUCCUUUGAAGAGGAAAAGUGGGUUGAAGUUGCCUCAAUGAAAGUGCCUAGAGCAGGCAUGUGCGUUGUGGCAGUCAAUGGUCUUCUGUAUGUCUCUGGAGGUCGAUCUUCCAGCCAUGAUUUUUUGGCCCCAGGUACCUUGGACUCAGUUGAAGUUUAUAAUCCUCAUUCAGAUACAUGGACAGAAAUUGGUAACAUGAUCACCAGUCGUUGUGAAGGGGGUGUUGCUGUGCUAUGAAAUAUAAAGCAUAACAGAGCAUAAGGAACAUUUUGAAAACGCAGGAUCUGACCUUUUGCAAAGCAAACGUACAUUUGGUGAUAAGACCCUCUGAGUCUUUGAGUUUUCCAUGUGGUUUGGUAGAUAAAUGACUAAUGAGGCUGAGCACAGUGGCCUCAUGUCUAAAAUCCCAGCACUUUGGAAGGCUGAGGCAGAAGGAUCACUUGAGACCAGGAAUUUGAGGUUAUAGUGAGCUAUGAUCAUGCCACCUGCUGUCCGCUCUGGGCAAUAGAAUGAGAUCCUGUCUCUU